GUGUGAUUGAGCUUUUUAAAAAAAAAAUUCAACUACAACUCCCAGCAUUCCUUUUGGUUUCCCUUCGCGCUUGCCGUAGUUGACAAACGUUUUCAGACAGUUUUCAGACCGUCAGGACAUUAUAACUCACCGCCGCCGCUGUGUUUCAGUGUGACUUCUACCUCCAAGAAGGAGGACAGCUUUUCAAAAGGUGUUGUCCAGGUGUUAUGAACAACUAUGAGGUCAUCCGUCAGAUCGGGGAGGGUGCGUUUGGGAAAGCCUUCCUGGUCAGAGACAAAGGUGGAGGUGGAGACAGGCAGUGUGUGGUCAAACAGGUCAACCUCAGAAAGAUGUCAGCGAGGGAAAAGGAAGCGUCAAAGAAAGAGGUGACGCUGCUGUCGAGGAUGAAACACCCAAACAUUGUCUCCUUCACCACCUCAUUUCAAGAGGGGGGCAGCCUGUAUAUAGUGAUGGAGUACUGUGAUGGAGGAGAUCUGAUGAAGAAGAUCAACAUGCAGAGAGGAGUCCCCUUCACUGAGGAGCGGAUUGUGGCCUGGUUCGUACAGAUCUGUCUGGGCCUCAAACACAUCCACGACAGGAAGAUUCUCCACAGAGACAUCAAAGCUCAGAAUAUCUUCCUAACCAACGGGGGGAUGAAAGCAAAGCUGGGGGACUUUGGAAUCGCAAGAAUGUUGAAUAACACCAUGGAGCUGGCCAGGACGUGUGUCGGGACGCCGUACUACCUCUCCCCGGAGAUCUGCGAGAGUCGGCCGUACAACAACAAGACGGAUAUCUGGUCUCUGGGAUGUGUCCUGUAUGAGCUCUGCACCCUGAGGCAUCCAUUUGAGGGCAGCAGUCUGCGGCAGUUGGUCAGUAAAAUCUGCAGGGGGCGCUACAACCCAGUGCCCAGCCGCUACUCCUACGACCUUCGCCUGCUGGUCACCCAACUCUUCAAGGUCAACCCCCGAGACCGUCCCUCGGUCUCUUCUGUCCUCAGGCGUCCCCUCCUGGAGAAGCACAUCAGCAAACAUCUGGACCCGCAGGUGAUGCAGAAGGAGUUAAGCCACACGGUGUUGUGUCGAAACAGAGCGGCAGCAUCGCGAACCGCUAAAACAAGAGCAGGAGCGGCAAACACAGCAGAGAAGACACACAAGUCCAGAGGAGCAGAGGGGCCCGGGGCCGCCGUGAAGAGGCCGCUCGCCAAACCAGACUGGAGGGUCCCACUCCGAGUCUACAACCCUGCUCCACACAAACCUCCUCAUCAAAGAGCAGCUGCACACAGAGCGGUCGCUGGGCAACAGAACCAAAGGUUUAAUGUCCAGCAGCCCGACAGCCACUACCAGCACUACCACGCCCAGCUGGACGCCUUUCAGAGGAGGAACAAGGAGGACGUCCUUCCUCCUCCUCCUCCUCCUCCUCAGGAGAGAGACCACGCUGCUCCUCCUGUGGAGCCGUACCAGCUUGUGGCUGCGGCUCGUAAUGAAUACCUGCAGAGGAGACAGGAGGCCAACCAGUACAAGCUGCGAGCAGAGAAACAGCUGGGUCUGCGGCCGUGCACAGCUGAGCGCGACAGGAGGCCUGGAGGUCAGGAGCAGGAAGAGGGACGAUCCGAGCGCCAACACCCGCCUCAGGACAGGAGGCAGGAGGGACAGCAGGAGUACCUGCGUCAGCUGGAUGUCAUCAGACAGCAGUAUCACCAGGAGAUGAUGAGGCUGAGAGCUGAAGCAGAGCCGCAACAGAAACAUGAAACGUUUGUGGUGGAGAAACCCAGAGACCCAGAACCUUCUGUAGACAGUAAAGAGCAGCAGCAGGACGCCGCACCUGCACAGGACGUCGACGCAGCUCUGAGGCAGAUCACGGAUCAGACGAGAGCGCAGGAGAGGAAACUCAAAGACAAGAAGGGAAUCAUGUUUGAGAUCCGAUUAGAUGACGACGGGAUGAAAGACGAUGCAGAGGAGGAGGAGGAAGAGGAGGAAGAGAGAGGAGACAAAGAGGAGGAGAGAGGAGACGAAGAGGAGGAGGAGAGAGGAGACGAAGAGGAGGAGAAGGACGAGGACCCUCUGAACCGGACUCUCAGCUUCCAGGAGGGGGAGGAGUUGAAGCUCAGGGAUUGGUCAGAGGUGAGGAGGGGGUGGAGCCAGAGGACUCCCCAGACUCUGCUGGAUGCUCUCGGCAAGAUGGACAUCGACUCCGUCAACAGCACUGCAGUCGAGGCUGAACAAGGCGCGGAGGCGGCAGGUCGCAGGCAGUGGGUGGACGGCCCCCCCAACACCCUGCUGAACGCCCUCGCUCAGGCUGAACUCACAUCGUCAACUCUGGCCUCAGCGACUGCAGAUUUAGAACCUGAGCAGGACGGAGACGAGGAGGAGGAGACGGAGGAAGACAAACAGAAGAGGAGGGAGGAGGAGGAGGACUCUGAUGUGGAGAUGGAUGAAGAGCGUCUGGAGCCGAGGUCAGACGAUGACGACACGAACUUCGAGGAGUCGGAGGACGAGCUGAGAGAAGCGGUGGCUGAUUCCAUGAAGAACCUGUUUGUCAUGGAGGACGGGAGCUCAGACGAAACAGAAGACGCAGAGGAAAGGGUAGAGGUGCAUGAUGGGACGCAGGACAGCGAGGACGGACGUGCAGAACUGAAGGAUUCACGUGCGGACGUCGGGGUCGUCUCCUCCGGACCUAAAGAAGGUGACGGUCAGUGUGAGUGUUCAGACGAGUCCCAGACCGAUGACGAUAACGCGUCUUUAAAUAAACAGCAGCAGACGACCUGAGUCAUCGCUGCAUUAACACCAUACACCUGUUGGACGAAGCCGUUCCUUAUUCGAUCAUUGGAAAGACGAUUUCAGAUUUCCUGUUAAACUGGAUGAGCACUUUGAAGGAGACUGUUUAUUUAUUUUUCAACAAAUCCCAUGUACAGACCCAAACUGGCAACAUGUUACUCUGUCAGCCCCGAGCCCAUUGGUUCCUACUGAAGACGUAAAUCUUUACAAACACCUCACAAAUGUGUAGUUUCAUUUUUAUUCCUCUGCCGGCGCCAGUCAGAGCAGGAGCCAUAUUGUUUUCUGGUUAUCCGUCCGUCCGUCUCGUUCUUGUGGACACGAUAUCUCAAUAACACCUUGACAAAACUUCCUCAAGCACUUCCACAAACAUUCACCUGAACUAAAGGACGAACCGAUCAGAUUUUGGUGGCUAAAGGUCAAAGGUCAAGAUCACUGACAAGAUGUCACACGAGUGGUUGAUACUUUAUCUGACUCUGGAGAAACAGGGAUGUGACCUGAAACUAGUUUGAGUGGCGGAGGGAUACGAGCACGAUGAGGAGGUUCUAGUUUAAAAAUGACUCAGCAAUUUACUACAACAGCUGCUCACACUAGCUUUUAUAGAACAAACAGGAGGAACUGUUUUCAGCGGCGGAUUAAUACACAUUUGGGGUUGUCGUGAGUUUUUGUGGCAUCAGGACAGUGUGUGUAUGUGUGUGUGUGUGUGUGUGUGUGUGUGUGAGACUUGAGUCAGAAUAAACUACAGUGUGUGUGUUCAUGGUGA